CUCCCAUUCGUACAUUAACAGAAAAUAAAGAUUCAUGGCGGGGCAGUCGAGGAAAUGGAUGAUACUGGUGGCCACGAUCUGGAUUCAGGCCUUCACCGGAACCAACUUCGACUUCUCCGAGUACUCCAGCGCCAUGAAAUCCGCACUCAACAUAUCACAGGUGCAGCUCAACUACCUGGCAACCGCCAAUGACAUGGGGAAACUCUUUGGCUGGUCAUCGGGCCUUGCUCUCAUGUACCUUCCUCUCUCCCUCGUCAUGUUCAUCGCCGCCUUCAUCGGCUUCGUCGGUUACGGCCUCCAGUGGCUUCUUCUCAACAAUUUCAUCACUCUCCCUUAUUUUCUGGUGUUUUUCCUGAGCUUCUUAGGUGGGUGCAGCAUAUGCUGGUUCAACACAGUUUGCUUUGUCCUAUGCAUAAGGAACUUCCAAAUCAACAGGCCCCUUGCACUUUCCUUAACUGUCAGCUACAAUGGUGUGAGUGCAGCACUCUACACUCUUGCUGCAACCUCAAUAAACCCUUCAUCAGAUUCAAUAUACCUUCUUCUCAAUGCCAUUGUUCCCCUCCUCAUUUCCUUUGCAGCACUUGUCCCAAUCCUUCGCCAACCCAUUGUUGAUCCUCUUCCCCCAGAUGGGGUCAGAAGAAACUCAGUCAUAUUCUUCAUACUCAACAUCUUAGCAAUCUUCACUGGCAUCUACCUUCUCCUCUUUGGUUCAUCAACUUCUGAUGUAACCACUGCAAGGUUUUACCUUGGUGGAGCCCUUAUACUUCUUGUAUCUCCACUAUGCAUCCCCGGAAUCAUAUAUGCCAGGGACUGGUUUCACCGUACCAUUCAUUCCACCAUUAGAAUUGAUGGUUCUGGCUUCAUUCUUGUCCAUGUUAAUGAUCUUGAGCUCCAUAAAGAACUCCUUGCUCGCCAAAACAGCACUCUCAGCAAUGGAGAUGGUUAUACCUUGAUGAAUGAGAAUGGAUCCAUGUAUAGAACUCAAAGUGCUAAAAGUAGUGAUGUGUGUUGUGAGCGAGUGUUUGGGCAGGAUCAGUUGGCAAUGCUGGGUGAAGAGCACCCAGCUGGAGUUCUUGUUAGAAGGUUGGAUUUUUGGCUUUACUAUGUUGCAUACUUCUGUGGAGGUACAAUUGGUCUUGUCUACAGCAACAAUCUUGGACAGAUAGCACAAUCUUUAGGCAUGAGCUCAACUACUUCAACACUUGUUACGCUAUACUCAUCUUUCUCCUUUUUUGGCCGUUUGCUUUCAGCAGCACCAGACUAUAUUAGAAAUAAGUUCUACUUUGCAAGGACUGGAUGGCUAACCAUUGCGCUUAUGCCAACCCCAAUCGCGUUCAUCUUGCUUGCUUCAUCAGACAGUGCUGCAGCACUUCAUGCAGGCACUGCAAUAAUUGGCUUGAGCUCUGGAUUCAUAUUUGCAGCCGCGGUGUCAGUUACAUCAGAACUCUUUGGACCUAACAGUGUGAGCGUUAAUCACAACAUCCUCAUAACAAACAUCCCAAUUGGGUCACUUCUCUAUGGUUUUCUUGCUGCUCUGGUGUAUGAUUCCAAUGCUUACUCAAUACCAGGGAACUCAUUGUCUGAAACAUUGGUAUGCAUGGGAAGGAAAUGCUAUUUCUGGACAUUUGUAUUGUGGGGAUGCUUAUCUGUUGUGGGACUAGUUUCUAGUCUGCUCUUGUUCUUGAGAACCAAACAUGCUUAUGAUCAUUUUGAGAGACACCGAAUUUCAACACAAACACCAAUUGUUUCUUAACUCUUAGCAUUGUAUUGAAAUGAUCACCAUAGGAUUGUAUAUAGCAAUCAUAGCAGAAACUUGACAUAUCUUAUAUAGGCUAUGAUAUGAGAUUUUUAGAUCUAUAUACAAAGCCAGAUGAUAAGUAGAAACCAAUUUUGUAAUUUUUAGGGCCUAUUGUUUCUUGGUAAGAGCAAAAAGACAAGCUUCAUUGAUUUUAUGACUUUAACCAAGACCUUUUGGCUUUUACUA